AUGGCACCUCUGUUUCUCGGAUUCGAUUUGUCCACUCAGCAGCUCAAGGCCGUUGUAGUCCAAGAAGACUGUACGAUUAUCCACGAGUCCUCGGUUCACUUCGAUAACGAUCUUCCAAGCUAUGGGACAGUCAAUGGUGCUAUCAAGGGUCCGGACGAUGGAGAAGUCACCUCUCCUGUUGCAAUGUGGUUGGAUGCCUUCGAUCUCUUGAUGGAGAGGAUGAAGAAAGCGGACUUGGAUUUUGCUUCGAUUACAGCUAUAUCUGGUGCCGGCCAGCAACAUGGAUCAGUCUACUGGUCGCAAGGCGCGACAGAUAUAUUGGCCACACUUGAUCCAUCCGAAAACCUCUCUUCACAGUUGUCACCGCGAGCUUUUUCGUAUCAGAAGGCACCAAUAUGGCAAGAUUCUUCGACAACCAGAGAAUGCCAGGAAAUUGAAGAUGCUAUUGGAGGUCCUCAGGAACUAGCUGACAUCUCAGGUAGUCGAGCGUAUCAUAGGUUCACGGGUACCCAGAUUGCCAGAAUCCGCCGUAUGUUCCCAGAGGUGUAUCAAGCCACCUCUCGUGUUUCCCUUGUGUCGUCGUUCAUUCCGUCGUUAUUUCUUGGUACCAUCGCACCUAUCGAAAUAUCGGAUGCUAGUGGAAUGAACUUAAUGGAUGUUCUUAGUUGCAAAUGGGACGAUAGACUCCUCAAAAUCUGUGGCGGCACAGAACUCCGUUCAAAACUCGGUCCGGAACCCGCGGCAGGCGGGAGUUUCCUCGGAAAAAUUAGCUCCUGGUGGACUCAAAGAUGGGGCUUCAAUCCAGACUGUAUCAUCGCACCUUUCACUGGAGACAAUCCAGCCACCGUAGCAGCUCUCUCCUUCCCUGGCGAUGCUCUACUCUCCCUGGGAACUUCCACAACAUUCUUACUGUCCAUCCCGCCUGCCGAUUCUCCCCCGAAAAGAUUUACGACGUCCCAUCUCCUAUCCCAUCCCACAGAUGCGCCGCAUGCACAAAUCGCUAUGCUUUGUUACAAGAAUGGUGCUCUCGCUCGAGAGCAGGUCCGUGAUCAGUAUGCUGAGAAGGAUUGGUCCAGAUACAAUGCACUCCUCGAAGCAACGUCUCCAGGUGCUGACGGACAUCUGGGAAUAUAUUUCCCGUUACCAGAAAUCAUCCCACCCGGAGUCCAAGGCAAUUACUUUUUCAAGACGUCUACCUUACCCCCAGUCCCGGUGAAUGCCGAUGCGAUCCCAAGCAAUGCCCAUCCAAGAAUGAUUUUGGAAUCCCAAUUCCUCUCCAUCAAGUCCCGCAUCGCAGCCAUCCUUCCUCCCGAUUCGCCUCCUCUACAACGGUUGGUCGUCACGGGUGGAUCCUCCGCCAACCAAACCAUUCGACAGCUCGCUGCAGAUCUGUUCAAUAUGAAAGUCUAUGUCAGUAAGACUAAGGAAGCUGCUGGAAUGGGUGGCGCCCUUCUUGCGAAGUUUGCCUGGUGGAAAGCUCAGGACGCCAAUAGCUUGGGAACUUUUGAGGAAAUGAUUGCACAGAGCGGAAGCGAAGCACUGAACCACAAGUGUGUUGCUGAACCGCGACUUGACCGCGAUGUCUAUGAGCGUCUGGUUGAGCCGUACCGAUCUUGUGAAGACGCGGCUAUUCGAUUGUGGGCUGGUCAGAGUACUUGA